UUUAGGUAGCACCUAAUAGGUACUGUACUUAUCCUGGUCUACUUCCCUGACUGAGGAUCUCAUAAUAGGAUUACUGACGUCCUGAGUGUAGUCCUCUGAGACUGACAGAGCGAGUGAAGAGAUCAAUGGAGUAAGACAGAUGGGACAGGGAGCAGUUGUCUUUGGUCCCCAUUCUCCAGUAGCAUCGUUCUGCUGCUAUGGUGCCGAUCCAUGCUAUGCACCCUCAGCCUGAUGAGGGGACACCUAAACAAAGUGACCAGCCGACCAAGAUGCUAAUCGUGCUAGACAGCGAGGACAGUGAGGACGAGUCCAUUGAAGAGCAGCAGCCGGUUACGCCAUGGAAUGACCUGUGUAUUAUAGAUCGCGUAGGCUUCACCAGUGCUAAAAUGUCAGAGGAACAAGUGGAGAAUGCGUUCUCCCAGAUUGCGCUGGCCUUUCGUAGUGACCAGUACACCCUGAAGCAGAGGCUGCAGGCAGAGGAGCAUGCUAGGAACCUGGCUGAGGAGAACAUUCAGCUGGAGCUGAUGAGAGGCCGGGAGACACUGGAGACUCUUAAGGCUCUGUGUCUGGACAGUAUACGCAGUAAGAUCCUCCAGAGACUAGAGCUGUGUCUGGAUAUACUGGGAGGAACAGUGGAGAGAAUCUCCAACACAGCAGAGGUGUUGGGAGCUGUACAUCAGGAGGCUCGUGUGAGUCGAGCGGUGGAGCUGAUGGUGAGCCACGUUGACAACCUGAAGAGGCGUAAUGAGAGAGACACAGAGCUGGACGAGACCAAGAAACUCAACAGGAAAAUCCUCUGUAGGAACUACAGCGAUCCUAGAGAUGAAGGAGAGUUCAGGCAGAAGGACAAUAAAACCUCUCAGCAGUUGCACAUUGGUGCAAGUCGUCGAAGGGUCAGCAUAGCAGUGAUCAACAAACAAGCCCAGGAAAAGAGAAAAUUGGAAAGAGGGCUGCAGAAGUCAUUCUCAUUAGAUCAUGGGAUAGGCAAGAAGUCACUCUCAACCCCAUCUCCAUCAAUGGACUUCAUCACAGAGUCCAACCCUUUAGUCAUGGUCAACACAGAAGAGAUGGAUGUUCCCUUACUGGAUGGCAGACCACAUGAAGCCCCUGAUGAUAACAAACAAGCAGUCGCUGCUGAUGUCCAGUCACCUCCUGAACCAGACCCCACUCCAGUCUAUACAGCACCCUGUCCCACUCUCACACACAAGCCAAACGAAGUGGACACCAAGAAAAACACGAGUUCACCUUUGGAUACUCUAAUAAGGUGCAGACAUAAAGGCAAGGCUGCGCUGGAGAGGACGGAGAGGAGGAAAGGGAACAGAGAGAAAACAAUGACACACACCGACCAAUGCAUCACCGGAACGUGUGGCCCUAUGUGCAGAGGGCGCCCACUGGCCCCCUGGAUGUGGCACUGCCGCUGGGUUGUCCUCAGUGUGUAUCUGGUAGUGCUCUGCUGUGUGAUACUACUGAUCAUCCUUUUCUGGCUCGGUCCUGAACGUCUGCUGUGAGCUGAUGAGAUUUAACACAAACACUUCCUGAAGGAGACAGACAAAGCACUUCCUGGUUCUGACCUGGCUUGAUUGGUCAUUGAACAGCUUCACCCAGUAAACAUUCCUGAAAGAAUCACGUCUCAAUUCUGUGAUUAAUCCAUUUAAGUAUGACAAUGUCACUGUGUUGUCUUUUUUGUGUGCAAACUUUCACAUGGUGAGUUUUAAAAUAUGUUAAUGAUAUUGUUAUAUUUUAUAUUGACUAGAAACAAAUGCCUCUCCAAAUGAAUCUCUAAAAAGAAAUUGCACUUUGAGAAUCAGUAAUAUAAAGCCUUUUUAUUAUAAAUAUACAAACAAUAUCAAAACUGAUAUAAUCAACUGGUUAGUACCACAACAAAACCGCAAUGCAGUGAAAACAUCAACACAAUCAUGCUUCAAACCAACCACUUAGAAACAAAGGCCUCUUAGAUUAAUAUAAAUGAAUAGUUUAACAGGUUAACAUUCAGCUUAUUUUGUGUUAUUGUUAGUGUACUACAGCUUAAGGAGAAACAGCAACUUUCUAGCAUUUUCUAACACUAUUUUCAAAAAUAAUAUGAAAAAUUAUGUAAUAAAAUUCUAGUGAGAGUUACAGGAAACUGCACCCAAAAAAUCUAUGCCAAGACGCAUUGAAGCUGUUCUAGCGGCUCGUGGUGGCCCAACAUCCUAUUAAGACACUAUGUUGGUGUUUCCUUUAUUUUGGGAAGUUACCUGUAUAUUGUGCCUAUACUGCUUGAGGAAAACUUGCCUGUUACUCAGGCCCAGAAGCUCGGAUAUGCAUGAUAGUAUUGGAUACAAAACACUCUAAAGUUUCUAAAACUGUUAAAAUAAUGUCUGUGAGUAUAACAGAACUGAUUUGGCAGUUAGAGAAAGAUAGAGAAAGAAAACAGUCUAGACAUUUUAUUUAAGAAAUAAAUGAUUAUAUUAGGAAGGCCGUAAUUUAAUUUGGAACCUAGGUGAACCUUGUUGUGCAAAUAUGUGUACCACACACAAAGAGAGUCUACAGUAAGCAGUAAUCUUGAAAUGUUAUAGCCAGUUAAAAAUGUAUGAAACUUGUUACAAAAACUUAGCAUAUUUAACCUGUAGAAAAUAAUCAAAUUGACUCACAAUAUCAACUUUCUUUUCAAAAUAAAAUAAAUAAACUGGCAAAGCUCCUUACAUAGAAAUGACAAACUUUCUUUACAUAAAGAUUAAAUAAAAUACAUACGUCACAAGUGGUAGAGCUAGGUGCUUAUUAUGGUACCCAACUAUCCAUGGAGCCAAGGUCGUCUUCUGCAUUUUGUCAAGGACAGUUGUCCCUCAUCAGGGACAUACAGUAUAAUCUCACAGAGUCCAUUGAUUCAAUAAAUACAGACAUACUCAAUAGUUUAUAGGGUCCUUCGCUCCUCGUGUGUAGCAUAGCAUACUGCAGUAGGGCGACUCCCCCUGGUUACAGCCAGAGACAUAUACUGUAUAGAUAUACACAUAUAAUUAUGCACCAUAUGCAGUAUAUAUGGCUGUGGUUACACCUGGCUAACGAUCUCUGAGUCCUCUUCGACAAACCACUGCACUGGAGUUCCAUCUGCAGCCCUCUGGAGGAUCACCUUUUGGUGGGGACCCUGAAACACAACAACACAUUCACGUUCCUUUAGUUCCAUAUCUAUAUGUGUUAAUAUAUAAAUGGGGGAUGCUAGUUAUGCUAAGAUCAAUGUGUGUUAUGCUGGUGGGUGUUAGAGGGCAUUGUCACCUGCAUGUAGGGCGGGAGGUGAGGGGACGUGGGGCUCUUUACUCUGAAUGACCCCUGCCGCUCCAGGGAACCCGGGCGGGACUUCUGGAGCUGAUUUUGGAACUGGUUCCGCUGGUGCCAGGAUUUGAGCUCCUCUGACACCAUCUCCCUGGGCUGCACCCGGGCGAGGUGUUUGGGGUACUCCCUCAGU